AUGCGUCCUGGUCCUGCGCCGCGCUGGAUCGUCCCUGGUCCUAUUCGCGCCGGGGAACCGACGACCACGUACCCGUGCAGACGCACGUCCCAAAGCAAUGCGUCCACGACGAAAAUUGGCGUCGACGAACGGGCUAUGCCGGCGACGAAGGCACCCACCUCGGCGCAGUAUGUAAGUCUGUCCCUGCGUGACGGUGCCCGCCGGGACGAGCUUCUUGAGCCCAAGCUUUCGACGGCCGGACAACCAGCGUCUCGGUCACCGUUGCGAGCCUUGAAGCGCCGUCCUUCAAGACACGCUGGCGGAGCGAUGCAAACCUGA